AUGUUCCCUUAUCAGUUGGUCUAUGGAAAGGUCUGUCACUUGCCAGUUGAGCUGGAACAUAAAGCUUACUGGGCAAUCAGGUAUCUGAAUCUUGAUUCAGAAGCUGCAGGAAUUAAGCGAAUGCUCCAGUUAAAUAAACUUGAUGAAUUCAGAUAUUCAGCUUAUGAGAAUGCCAAGCUCUAUAAGGAGAAGACCAAGUUAUUACAUGACAAGAAGAUUUCCAUAAGAGUAUUUGAGCCAAGACAGAGAGUACUGUUGUAUAAUUCAAGACUCAAAUUCUUUUUCAGGAAGCUAAAAUCUCGGUGGUCAAAAUCGUUUGUGGUUACCAGAGCUUCACCAUAUGGUCAUGUGGAAAUACAGGAAGAGAAUUCUGACAGAAAAUUUACAGUGAAUGGCCAGAGGUUGAAGCACUAUCUUGGAGGCGAGAUUAAUUGCUAG